AUGCACAUAGUCCUCCACUUUCUCCAGGUUCUUAACAAUAGCAGAGAUCCCAUGUUUGCAGGGAAGUCCUGUCAAAUCCCAAAUCCUACAGCUGCAUGCUUUCUUAGCCAAGUCAACCACAUGUCUCUCACGACCAUUAUCAACCUCAUACAUGAAGCUGCUUGCUGGAGUAGCACUGAAAGGGUUGAUGUCAGCAAGAUACUCCCAUGCCUUGACAUCCAAAUCCUUCAUUUCCUGCAUUCUUCUUUCAAACUCCCUGACUGUUGUGGCUCCAGCACAUCUCCACAGUGCAUCCUUCAACUCCAAGCCCUUAUGAUCCACUUUGAAAUUAUUAUAGAUAUGUUUCACACAAUAUCUAUGCUCACAAGUUGGGAACAGCAUCUCAAUUGCAGGUCAUACCUUUUGUCUAUCACUGAUGAAGACCAGAUUAAGUUGCUCUGGAUCCCCAAUGUCAUCUGAAAACUGCUGCAGAAACCAUACCCAUGAAUCUUUGUUUUCUUGCUCAACAACAGCAAAUGCAACUGGGAAAAUAUUGUCAUUUGCAUCUCUAGCUAUGGCAGAAAAUAUUUGCCCCCCAAAUCUGCCUUUCAAGUGGCACCCAUCUAAACCAAUAAUUGGUCUACAACCUCCCAAAAACCCAAGUUUUUGUGCAUUAUACCUAAUAUACAUUAUCUUAAA